AUGAGCGUCGACGCGGAAGAAGUGGCGUGCAAUACAAUGUGGAAGCUGACACAAGAGAAAAAGUACAAUGGUGAGGCGUUUCUCACGAAAAAAAAGUUUCAAAUCGCUUUUUUUUUGAAGAAAUCGUGGACCACGUGCUCACGGGGUGUCUCAAUUGCAUUACAAACCCGAAAAAGCGAUUUGGAGGCCGGGAAAUGCUGUUUCCGGACAGGCCACCGCCUUGGAUUAGUAAGUUUUUAUGAAUUCCGAGAAAAAGUUAAACAACACACUUUUACAAGUUUGAACAGCAGAAAUAGAGUCAUCUUCAACAUUUGUUUGCGAUAGACCUCAAAAAUUUGUUUCAGCGAUCCCGGAAGCCGAAAAAGCGAAUCCGCAAGCGUGGAAAAAGUACCAAAAGAAGCAGGUGCACGUGCAAAUGACGCCCGAAGAGUUUGAGCAAUUUCUGAUCGAUUCGGACAUGGGCGACGAGUUUAUGGCCCACGAGAUUGCGAAAUUCAAACGAGUGGAACGGGUCGCCGCGUGGAAAUUCGUGCGCGAAAUUCGAAAAAAACAACGAGAAUUAAGGGCCGAGCGCGAAAAAUUGGAAAAAGAGCGGGAGAAGAAGGAGGCAGAGUCGCGGAAAGAGGCGGAACGGUUCAAGAAAGCCGACGAGAAGCGGAAGAGCGAGGAGACGAAAAAACAGAAAAACGAGGAGAGGGAGGAGUAUUUGGAGAAAAUGACAGAGGAAGAGAGGAUUCUCGAACAGGUUCUGGGGGAGAAAGAGCCGGAGGAAGAAGAAGAAGAAGAAGAAGAAAAGGAAGAAGAAGAGCCGGGAAAACCGGAAAAGGUGUUCAAUUUAAAGAAGGAGAUGCCGUGGUGCCCCUCCGUGUUCGAUAUGCUCUGUUCCGAGGGGCGGAGCGUCAUCGAGCACACCGAGCAGAAGCGGAUCAUUGCAAUGCUUCAGAAUCUCAUGUACGCCGGCGGUUUCCAGCACUUGUCCAAUAAACGAGAGCUUAAAGUGAGUUGGAAGUUGAAAAAAAUCAGUGAUAAUUGAGCACUUUCUAAUUUUUCAGGAUAUCCGAAAAGCGUCCGAAGCGGAGUACGACACCCUUGUGGCGGCGGCGCUAGAGCACGCGCGCUCCGAAGCGUGCCAUCCGAUCGACUUCCUCACCAAAAAGACCAUGAAGUAUUGUCUGCACUCGAUCCGAAUGAAAGCCCCGCCCUCGGCUAAUUUCCUCUGCAAAUCGCCGAUAUUCUCGAUUGAAAUUGGAGAGAUUCCGUCGGGAAUCAGAUCCGAAUCGCAAGCGAUCAUUCCGAAAGUCGAGAGAAUUCUCAAGAAAAGAUUCGGCGCCGAUCAGUUGGUCAUUCCGGAUAUCACGAAGAAGUGUGCUCUGAACAAACCGCUGCCGAAGGGGCUGCCGGUCCGAGUGACGAUCGAGGCGGAUCCACUGGCCCGCAGGCUGUUGAAUCAGUGCACGGACACGAGUGUCAUGAUGGACGCGACGACAGCCGCCCAUCUUCUGGCUCCCAACUGGGAAUCGAGGCAGUACGACUUUGGGAUGCGUGUCGAGGUUCACGACACGUUUGCGGCGAACGGAGACAGGAAGAAGACGGUGAUCGUGUCAAAACCGAAUCCCUUUAGCCAGGUAGGGCAGGGUCGGAUGGGAGAACUAAUGAAAAUCGGACUUUUCUUCGCGGAUACCUCCUUUAAAAGAAAAAUUAAACUAACAAUUACAGAUGUCAAAAGCGACGCUUCAACGAAAGGCGAUGAAAAAGAUUCUAAAGAAGCACUUUGUGAAGACAGUUUCAGAGGGGAAACCAGGAGAAACACGGAAAGAUAGACGGGCGGCGAAAAAAGAGGAAUACGAAAGAGUCAAGGCCGCGGAGGCGUCGACCUCAACAGAAUCCACGUCUUCUACGAGUAUUCUCGAUGAAAUUAUGUCGGGAAUGAAGAAAAGUUGUGCUGUUCAGAGCUCUUCCGCUCCAGAAGCGACUGAAGCCGACGGAGGUUUUCAAUACGCGAUUUUCCGAGUCGGCGCCGCCCGAAUGCUCAUCCGAUCGCGCCCGCCUCUCUCCGUUUCUCAAAUCGGAGACAAAAAGCACACGACGUUGACGGGCAAAAAAGUGAGCUUCGAGCCGCGCGUCGAGUACCUUCCGAACGGCGGAGCCAUGGAUUUGGGCGCCGCCGAAUGGGUGUGGAACUAUGUGAAACAAGUGCUGAAGAUGAGCGACGCGCACGUUUUGUACCGCACGGAUUACCGCAUCGAGCAGUUGCUGCAGGUCGACUCGCUCACCAUGAACAUUCAUCUCUCGGAACCGCCGCCCGAUGCACUCGCGAUGUGAGUUUGGAAAGAAAAUUGAAAAAGCCGAACCUCUUUUCAGACUGUCCGCCCGUACGAUGAUGCUCGAAUCCCUGAUCGCCCGUCUGGAAACCGUGCCGCCCGGCGAAUAUUUGGCCUUCCAGGAGCACGAAAAACCCCUCGUACUCGUCGCAAAAUGCGAAUCGGACACGAAAGGGGCCGUCUCGACGGACGUGCUCAGAAUCACUGAGAACGACGUGCAGAAGACGUCGGACGCCGUCGGCGACGACUUUUUCCAUGGAUUCUCGCCCGACGUGCCGCUCCAGUGGCAGAUUGUGCAGGGAAGGGCGCCGCGCAUGCUGCUCGCCAAGGAUUCGCCGCUCAUCGAUAACGUGAGUGCGCUCAGUCGCUUGAGCGCUCAAAAUGCUCGUUUUUGAAAGUCUUUGCGAAAUUUUGCACUAACCGCUCCUUUUUUACUCAAAACUUCAAUUUUUGCAGCUGCCCUCUCGCAACAACCGCGACAAAUUGCAACGUCAAAAGUUCAAUAUGAAGCGGAAAUUCGAUCGCCGUCAGGACGAGACGCACCACGCGAAAAUGGCAAAAACAAUCGACUUGGACGAUCCGAAUUUGUACGCCGAUUUCACGAAUCCGGCGGUGCCGUUCCGGGUGGUCGAACGACGCGCGGAACGAGGCGGACGGGGACGCGGAAGAGGAUUUCGCAGGGGCGGAAGAGGUCGCGGAAGAGGCCACAAGCCUGGAGCUCCCCCAUCCUAA